UGACAUUACAAGAAGUUAAAUAUGAACUUUUGCAAACUUUCAAGUUACACUCUAAUGAAAAGUUAUUACAUACCAUUGUACUUUACAGUAAUUCAUUUUUAAGACUGUAGACAUUUUAAACGCUAAAAGCACAUAAAUAGGAUCCGUCUUUCUCGGUUUGGCGUCGCCAACGAUGAUUUAAGAAGGGAGUUAUCUGUGUCUGCUGCAAGGACACUCGUGCCUGGAAAGACCUAGCCAGACAGGCAUGACAUGCCACAGUGGUUGUAUUAGAAGGUCUGGUCCGUCGCCAAUACUGAAUUUUCGUUUCCUAGGUUCUUUCUCCUUCUCCUCUUGCCGCCAAAGGCUUACUAGGGUAGGAAGUGAAGAGUCGUUUUGUAGGUCCCUCUUUGAAAUAAUCAGCGCAAUUGCCGAGAAACAUGAAAACAAACAAAGGGGCUUGAUGGAAAUUGGAACCAUUAGGUGAACUCCACGUAAAACGUAAAAUACUUUACUACACAUGCAAUUUUAUAUACAUGUAAAUUAUGUAAAAGAUACCCCAUAUAUUUGAAGUAGUUCAGUUUUUCAGCGUGGUUUACAAAUUGACGAGAAAUGACAACGACAAAGAAUAAUACUAAGUUUCUGAUGGUUUUCUUUAGCUCCAGCUCCUGAAAACUGGUCCUCAGUUUACCCACUGUGUGCUGGAAAAUUUCAGUCUCCAGUCAACAUCGUUACGAAGAUGGCAAAGAAAAAAAGUUACUCCCCGCUAAAGGUAACUUUUGACAACCCAUGUGGCCUGGUAACUGGACAGAUUGUAAAUGGUGGCCAUGCUCCUGCUUUCAACGUUGACAACUCAAAAGGUGGCGCUAAACUCUCUGGGGGUCCCCUGGAGUGCGACGAAUAUACUCUGCAACAGUUCCACUUUCACUUCGGUUGUGAAAACAGUCGAGGAUCAGAACACACUGUUAACAACAAGACUUACGCUGCUCAGCUCCAUUUAGUGUUUUAUAACAACAAAUACGACACCUUUAGUAACGCCGUGGAUAAACCAGACGGUCUAGCAGUUCUGGGAGUCCUCAUUUCGGCCACUUGUCCGGGAAACAGGAUUUUGGGAAAUUUUGCAAAAAAGCUAAAGAUGAUAAUAGAAGAAGUUUCUAAAGGUACCAGCACUAACGUUACCGCAGCAGACGGCAUUCGUCUGAAAUAUCUCAUGCCCUACAAUAAUAAACAAGAUGACGACGACGAAGAUGAAGACGAAGAUGACGUAGUCGAUGAUGUCGAUGACGAAGACGGUGAAGAUGAUGAGGAUGAAGAUAAUGACGAUAUAUCGAAAAAAAUAGGUUACUACACAUACCAAGGCUCCCUUACCACCCCUCCCUGCUAUGAAUCAGUGCGCUGGAUUGUCUUUAAGGACAUCAUAAAGAUCUCUAAUAAUCAGGUUAGUUAAUUGUAGCAUACUGACGACUAAACUAUGGUAAAAAAAAUAGCACGAGCCGAGAAAUUAUCUUCUCUUGCAUGAGCCAAGAGAGGGUUAUUUAUCAACCUCUCUUGCAUGAGCAUGAAAUAGAUAAUCCGGAAAGAAAGGAUUUUAAUUUGUGAUGUAGCUUUGUUAAAUAAAGUGGGGAUCAGUAUUAUUGACCUAAUCAAAACUGAAGAUCAUUCAGCGCAACCGACAAACUUGAUUUAAAUCAAAUCGUCCUGCUACCUAGACUGCGCGCUUUGUAGAGAAACACUGUUCCACAAUUAUUGAGAAAAUCCAGUUCAAUAAAAUCAUAUGCGAUUUGGAUUAACAGUGGAUCUCAUAGCUGCACGAGUUAAGGGAAAAGGAAGAGCCGUAUUUUUAAGCUUUUGAUGUAGUGAUCAUUAAUAGUUGAAAUAGUCACGUUUAAGCAAAAAAUAUCAGCUGAUAACCAAAAGACAAAUAAGACAGAAUUGAGCCUGACCCCAUUCAGACUCUCGCAAAUAAUACAAUACUUCCUCUCAAUAGUAAAGAAAAGAAAAUAUACGAAUGCAUAUUAGCUAACACUACUUUCGUCUCUUUGCUCUUUUCAGCUCAGUAAGUUCAGGAAACUGAAGGCCAAGUAUGGUGGUGCCCCUGGUCUCAUGUGUGACAAUAUUAGGCCGGUACAACCGCUUUACAAACGUAAAGUGUAUUCUGUCGUUUACAGGGAUGAGUGAAUAUAAAGCAGCCCUUACAGUGUUACAUGUAGAGAGGGUUUGGUCGGAGGUGCUCAAUCAAAGGAAGCCCCCAGAAAGCUAAAACAGCGAAGUCCCAGUUUUUCAUACCACCUAGUGAAAUAAAAUAUCGGCGAGAGGUAUGAGAAACAGAGCAUACGUUUCUCUUAACAUUUUUUUUUUCCUUCAAAUCAUCGGAAGUUUAGUGAAUUGAGGUCGGUAAAAACCGGGAUUUUACUGUGGUAUUUUAUUUAUUUUGCCUCUUACAUGUAUCGCUAUUCCCAUUGGCUGACCGCAUACAACUAAUCCAUGUUGGUAUUGAUUAAAUUGUAAUUUCAUAUCUGCGAGAUGGAUAUGUCAAUGCAGAUGUAGAGUAAUUUCUAUAGAUAACAGCCUCCUGAAAAUUAUGUCACGCCUGAGUGCUUUACGCGUUUUGGGCGUGAGCCAGAGCCUUCAGGGCUUCAGUAGUAGCUGUUAUUACAGUUAUCAGCGCUUUGACCUAGUGAAACGAGGCUAAAGGGUCAAUUCGGCUUUGUAUUGUCCCGUUCGACUCGUUAGUAUGCCUUCUUAAACAAAAAAUAGUUGGCCGCAUCCCAAACUCAACUGUAAUAACAGUUAUUGUUUUGAGGAGACUUGAAAAGCUUAAAAACUUUGCCUGUGAAUUGUAAACAUUUUUCCAUACUGACACUGUAUAACAAUACUUGUUAAAUUAUGCAGCCAGAAGGAAGGGAGAAACCUUUCUUAUUGCGCUUACAAAAUUAUUCUAGAUCUGUAAAGAAAGCUCUUGUUUUAUAAUAAUUCCUUAAGUUCCAUGAUGUCUUUGAGAGACUGGAACUAAAACUAGAAGAGAUCAUUUUAAAAGAAAAAUAUUGAUACUGGCUGGACCAAUAUAUUUAUUGAUACAGGAAGUAGUGAGUUAUAUGUAGCUGUGUGCUGCUUUGGUAAAUGCAAGACAUCGUUUGUGUGUAGUAUCAAAUAGGAAUAGUUAAUAAAAAUUCAGCAUAAAAAGAAAACUGUCUCAAAAAGUUAGCGUAUGGGGAUUGGUGUGGGCUAAGUAAUUAAGAGCAAAUGUCACCGAAAACCAAGCAAAAUUUGAAUUCAACGGCAGAAGUCAAAAAAUCGAUUUUUCUCUCUUUUCGUCCACAAAUAGCCCUUAGGUAGAUAUGAAACGUGAUAUAGUUUUUUGGAGCUCGAAGUGCUUUAAAUUUGAGAAAAUCGAGGAAAACGACUUUCGCCUCGACGGUCACCAGAAUGGCCAAUCGCAAAGGCUUAAAAUUAGUAAUCUAAACUUUCUUUGCGUUCGCGUGUAAAGAAGAACCAACACUUAUCGAUACUUUUUCUUGACAGACAAAGUGUUCAGCUGUCCAAAACAGGUUAGAACUUGACUUGAGCGCCGCUUGAGAAUAAACACACAAUUUUUAAAAAAAUCCCUAUUUGCACCGAAGGAUUAUA